CACGGAUCAGUCAGGACUCAGCCUUAUCCCUGAAUAAAGGCAGACAGAUCCUGUGGGGCCUUGGAUCCUCCUUUUUGCAGAUGAAACAAACUAUCAAGACGAAGUUAGGUAACACAUCAGAUCAUGUAGCCGUCGUAGGCAGUAGCAUUAAAAGAGUGGAGUUAAAAAGGUGACAAAAGAUCAAUGCUCCAACUAAAACCCCAGCUGCUGUUGAGACUGAAGAACGUUUUGCACUGCUUUAGCAAUGGAUCUUGAAGAGAAACAUGAAGGGCAGAAUUGAAGGAACCACUGCUGCCUCCUCUGAUCUUGAACUUGUAGAUGAAACGACCAGCUCUGAAGAAUCGAGUUUCAGGGAAAGGGAAGGAGAAGCUCUGCAGUGUCAUAGCUGACCUAAAGGUUUGGCCAAGAAAAUCAGAAAAUAAACAAAUUGAUCACUUGAUGUGGUGGUGGAUUGGUUGGUUUUGAAGGCGACAGGUCGUUGCGGUUUUAUGCACCUCUCCUUGAGAAGAAUUCAACUCAAAUGACCCAACAGGGUUGGAUAGCCCAAAGAGUUCAAACAGGGUACAAAGAAAAUAGGCGCCUUUCAGACCAGAUGUCCUCCUCAUCCGCCGCCAUCUCUUCUGUCCCUCUAAAUACGGGGGUUCAAAUGCCCCUUCUGGGUUUGGGGACAUACAAGUUGUGGGGUCCCGAGGACGUCUACCGGGCUGUGGAUGCUGCCUUGGCUGCUGGGUACCGUGCCUUUGACAGUGCAGCCGUUUACAAGAAUGAAGCUGACUUGGGUCGAGCACUGAGGGAGCUCCUGCCCAAAUAUGGAUUGACGAGAGAGGAUGUUUUCAUAACCAGUAAGCUGGGCCCGAAGGAUCAGGGUGAGAAAGCCAUGGAAGGAGCCCUCCGCAGCCUGUCGCAGCUGGACUUGGAUUACAUUGACCUCUACCUGAUCCACUGGCCUGGCACACAGGGUCUGGUAGUGACUGAUCAACGCAACUCGGGCAACCGAGCUCAGAGUUGGGCCACCCUGGAGGAACUGCAUGCCCAGGGGAAGCUGAAGGCCAUAGGAGUGUCAAACUACACACCAGCACACAUGAGAGAACUGAUACAGAGCUGCAAAAUCCCUCCUGCAGUGCUACAGGUAGAGUUUCAUCCACGGCUGUGCCAGACUGAGCUGAGGAAGGUGUGUGAGGAGUAUGGAGUGUGUUUCCAAGCCUACUCCUCUUUAGGGAAAGGAGAGCUGCUCACUGAUACCACGGUUACAGAAGUGGCAAAGAACUGUGGACGCACACCUGCACAGGUCCUGUUGUGCUGGGCGAUGCAGCAGGGUGUCCCAGUGCUCCCCAAGUCCUCGAAUCCGGACAGAAUAAAGGAGAACGCCAGGCUUUUUGACUUCACACUGAGUGACACAGACAUGGCCAGAUUGUCAGCUUUAGACUGUGAGCAUAAGUACUGCUGGGAUCCUUCAGAAGUGGCUUGAUAGACCACUAGUUCCCUUCCAUGGUGACUUUUUACUGCUGCUGUACUUCAGUUCUGACUGGCAGUCAUGCAGUGGUGGAAAACCACUGCAGACAAAGUGGGAAAUGGGAGUUUUGAUACAUGGAGAUCAGUUAACUCAGUUUUUCUGGGUUUCCAGCAGAUCUCACAUACCAAAUACACUUGGUUAAUGUAUUGAGGAUUGAGGCAGGUGUAUGUACUGAGAUAUCUGAAAGUUCAACUAACAUUUUGAACAUUGGCCAAUAAAUUGCCUUGUUUACUGUGGCCCAUAUGGCAUGAAACACUGAGAACCUUUCCAGGCAGUACCUAUAGGUUUGUUGCUUAAUAACCAAAUAAUAUUUUUCUGUUUAAAAAUCUGUCAGUGCCCCAUCAUGUUAAGACUAGUUUCAUAUUCUUCAUAGUGUGUUGCUUCAGGCUAUUAUUAUGCACAAUAUGUUUUUAUGGCUUUUUUUAUCCUGGCUUUUCCAUUUGAAAAAUGCUUCCUCUGCACUGGAGAAUUUAAAAGAACUACACAGGAGAUUUCCUUUAAAACCACUCUUAAA